CUUGCCUCGCCCCGUGGCGUCAUAAACUUACGCCCUCGUACCCAGAAAACAAGCCAGCGGAUAUGGCUCCUCCAGCUACCUCUAAAAUUAAUGUUAAUUCUCAUGGUGAAGUGGAUUUGAAGGUGCUACAGUAUGAACGGUUCAUUGACGAAGUACUGAAGAAAGAUUUACAGAGAGUGAUGGAGCAACGAGAUUCUGUUUAUGAGCAAAUAUCUCAUUACUUGCAGCUGAAAAACACCUUGCAGGCUCUGCAGGAGACAGACUCUCACCGCCUCAAGGCAGACGUUGACCUGGGCUGUAACUUUUACGUUCAGGCUGAAGUGGAGGACUCAUCCAGGAUAUUUGUGUUGGUGGGCUUUGGCUUCUUUGUGGAGAUGGACCACGCUGAAGCUCUGAGCUUCAUCGACAAGAAGACUGGUCAACUAACAGCGUUCACAGAUCAGCUCACCAAAGACUGUGCCAAAAUUAAAGCAAAUAUCCGCCUGGUGCUGGAGGGUCUACGAGAACUUCAGGGCCUGGCAGAGUUUCCAGAAUGUAGCAGAAGAGAAGUCUUCUAGACUUUUCCUUUCUUUGGAUGCCUCGUGAGGAGGGGCAUGGUCCAGUAGCACACGGUCAGCAGGAUAAACCUGAACAUUUUGUGGUUGUUCUUCUGUGGUGACCAGAUUUUGUGGAUGGUCAUGUAUGUGGACGUGCGCAAGCAGAUAGAUGUCCUGCUAUGUCCAUGUCUAUGGAUUGAAUCUGUGGAUUGAGUGUAACUUGAUGAAGGAGGUUUUGCUCUGACAUUCAAAGACAGAUAGUUGCCAUGUCAACGCAAUGCUCAAUCAAUGCAGCAUCAUAACGGACCGGAGAAACAAUUGUUCAAAUAAAGUCCUCGCAGGAACACAUCAGCA